CCCCUGAAUGAGUAGGUGUGUCCAAACUUUUGACUGGUUCUGUAUGUAACCCCACAAUUUCAACAUUAGUGACAAGGAAGACAUUUUUCUGAAGUAUUUGCACAAUAUUUUGUUUGUUGCAUUUGUGUGUGGUGGAGGACUGCUGUCACGUUUCAUCAUUGUCUCAACAUAUUGGUUUUAAGUCUGAUGGACCUAAACAUUGUGACUGACCUAUAAAAGUAUGGUGGAUUAUCACUAGUAAGUUUGUUUUAUUCUCCAGUAGCUGCCUGUACCACAGCACAUCAAGUCUGUGAAUAUAAAACUAACAGCUUCUUCACCCAAAAUGGUGUAUGCAUAUUAUAAGAUGUGUGAAUGAAGUGUAUGAUGUUACACGUCAGAUGUAAUAUUCCUGUUGUCAUUCUGAAAUACAUUGAAGUAGAAACUUCGUGUGGAAUGGAUUAGGUCCGGGAUCUUUUAACCACUGUUAGUAAUGUCAUAUGAUCUCCCUGGCCAAUAAGAAAUCGAAGACUGACAAAUGCUAUAGUAACACAAAUUGUGCAAUGACUUUUGACAUCCUGGAGUGGUGGACUUCCCGUCUCACAGUAUUUAAGGCUCAGACGUACAUGCUGUAUGGUCACUGGGUGUGCACCGUGAGUAUCUUGUAGGCACAGCAGGAAAAUAUUAAGGACCUUGAACUUGGAAUCUGAAGAACCCUGCCAUUCACUAGUUCCUGCAACAACAAGCAGCAUCAAGGAUGGAAGCAAGCCUCUGCAAUAUUUCGGACAACAUCACAUCAAAUAGGAGCCUCAUUGAAACCGUUGUACAGUGGACAACAUUCUCCAUUGGUUUUCCUCUGAUCUGUCUGUCAAUUUAUGCCAUGUACUUCCUGAUCAGAGCUGAUCACAUCGCUCCAGUCUAUGUUAUCAACCUUCUUAUUGCAGAUCUCAUUCAGAUUUGCAUGAGGCCAUUCAUACUGUCUGGUACCUGGCAAUUUAUAGUCAUGUUGAUUGAAUUCUUUGGUGUUAGUGCAAGCAUUGGUUUCAUGGUAUGUGUUGCUCUCGAGAGAUAUCUUGUGAUUGCAUUUCCUCUCUGGUACCGUUUUCGCCGUAACAUCAAAUACUCGCUCAUAAUGUCCUCCAUUAUCUGGCUUUUUCCUUUCAUCCAAAUCUCCAUGUUUUACCUCGCACCGACUAUUGAGAUUUCACUUAUUUUGUUUGCAGUUAACCUCCUCAUACCCUUUCCACUGCUUGUAUUCUUCCUAGUGGGCACGUUGAAAGCUCUGUCCGUCUCAAUCUCUGUGCCAGCUGUCGAAAAGAGACGGAUUAUUGGUACCCUGGCCCUUGUGCUGGGCAAUUACACAGUCCUGUUCCUACCCCUCAUCAUACAAUAUCUGAUAUCAGGGGUAACAUGCCAACACAAUGUGGAGAUUGGGACCAUCUUUGAGAGAUUCAGCCCCCUUGUGGAUCCUCUACUCUAUGUGUUCAUGAGAAAGGGAGCUAAGGACACUCUGGCCUUCCCCUGCUUCGACAAGCUCAUGGGUGACGAGGAGCAGAGUCAGGUCACCAACACUAUGACCAUGACUGAUAGUGGAGUAGAAGGCUCCAGGUAGGACAGAUCCAGGAUAAUGGACUGUAUCUGUAAUAUUCACUAUGUAUAACUCCUAUCAACUAUUUGUUAAAAUUAUCGGAUUGAAACGUUGUCAAAAAAGCGGUGAAUUGGGAGCUUUAACAGUGUGAACAUACCUUGUUCUUUUCUUUGUUAAAAUUAUACCAUACGGGCCUCCUGAGUGGCGCAGUGGUCUAAGGCACUGCAUUGCAGUGCUUUAGGCGUCACUACAGACCCGGGUUUGAUUCCAGACUGUGCCAUAACCGGCCGUGACCGGGAGUCGCAAGGGGUGGCACACAAUUGUCCCAGCAUUGUCCGGUUUAGGAGACGGUUUGGCCAGGGGGGAUUUACUUGGCUCAUCACGCUCUAGCGACUCCGUGUGGUGGCCCGGGCGCCUGCACGCUGACUUCAGUUGCCAGUGAAUGGUGUUUCCUCCGACACAUUGGUGCAGCUGGCUUCCGGGUUAAACGGAGGAUGCAUGACUCGACCUUUGCUGCAACUCCCCAACGGGCUCGAGAGGGGCAAUGAGACUAGAUCGCAAUUGGAUAUCACGAAAUUGGGGAGGAAAAAGGGGGUUAAAAAUUAAAUAAACCUACUUUACUUUUAUUGUUGUUAAAAUGUGAAGAGUACAUGCCUUUUCAAUAUACAAUGCAUAACAUACUGUAUUGUACACAGCCCUAUUCUGCAUUGCACUAUCUUUGUUGGGCUUGUAUUGCAGCUUUUCAGAAAAAUAUGGACUCCUUUCCUUCAAUAAAUUGAUAAUGUGGAUAUUUGA